AUGGCCCUGCUUGAUCCAGCCACCGACCAGGUCCGGGUCGCGGUCCGGGUCCGCCCCAUGAACAAACGAGGUAAGUCGUCAUUUGUAAUUCGUUGAUUACUGUAACUUCUCCUCAAUUUUUCCUAAUUGUUAGCUAUUUUUUUCAAAAAUCAAAAGCUGACUCUCCAAAUGGACCCUUAAUUUCUGUUCUGUUGUUUAGCCCAAAAUUAUGGUCAUUCUGACUGUGUCCCGGUAUAUUAUAGAUUACUGUAAGAAAAAUUUAAAAUUUUUCUCAGGUUGUUUGCUAAAAUACUGUUCAGAUUUAAGCCCUCUAAGGCAUAAUGUCCAUGAUUUAACCCAAAUUCACUGUUCCUUUGCCCUUUCUACCGUUCUAAACUCGAUUUGAAGGCGUCAAAGACCGCAAGACGUCCGGCUAUUUUUUGUUUAUUCGAUUUGCUUUUGCAUUUUUAUCUCAAAAACUUCUUUUUUCGAUAAUUUUGAGGUCAAAACUCUUAUCAAAGGUUUUCGAAAUUCACCGAAAGUUGCGUUCAAAGUUUUUAAUCCCCCAUAAAUUUAAUGGACUUAGGGCUACUGUUUAAGGAAUGUUUGUUGCCGAGUGGGCGAUAUUUUGAGUAUACUCUCCAUGAGUUUUAAUUAACGGUCAGCGGAAAUUUAAUGGGUUCGUAGAGCUCAAAGAGCAAUAACUUUUGGAAUUUCAAAGACCUGUAAUUAAUUAGGCGGUUUCUGAGACAAUUUUGUCUAUUUGCCCUUAGGGCGUUUUCUUGGAAUCGUCCAUUUUUUGUUUGAGAAAGUUGGAGAGAUAUUUUCAUCCCUUUUUUUGGCUUUUUGAAUACGAACUAACGCCAAAUGAAGUGUUUAUUGAAGCCAUCAAGAUAACAAAAAGGUCACUACCGUAAUUUAAAUCCCAUUUCCUUGCAGAGAACGAUCUAAAUACAAAAUGCGUGGUCCAGAUGCAAGACAAACAAACCGUUCUGAAUGCGCCGAAAGACGAGUACGAUUUUUUGAAUUAUUAUUUUGAUUAUUACUCAUUGUAUAUACUAAUAAAAUUCAUAUUGCAGUAAGCUCCCGAAGACGUUCGCUUUCGACAAUUGCUUCAAUUCCGUGGAUCCCAGUUCCUCCGAAUUCGCCUCUCAAGAAAAUGUCUUCGAAUCCAUUGGAGAAAAUGUGGUCGAAAACGCAUUCGCCGGCUAUAACGCCUGUAUUUUUGCUUACGGCCAAACAGGAUCUGGCAAGAGUUACACGAUGAUGGGUACCCCAACAGAUCCCGGGUUGAUCCCUCGAUUAUGCGAUCGAAUUUUCGAGCAGAUCGGAGAGAAAACAGAUGAAAUGACCAGCUUCAAAGUCGAGGUUUCUUAUAUGGAGAUCUACAACGAGAAAGUUCAUGAUCUUUUGGACCCGAAGAACUCAUCCAAGAGGCCGUUGAAGGUCCGAGAACAUAAAGUGCUGGGACCCACAGUCGAUGGAUUGUGUGUUCUGGCCGUGGGAUCAUUCGAGCAGAUCACCCGGUUAAUGGAUGAAGGAAAUAAAUGUAGAACUGUGGCUGCAACCAAUAUGAAUGCCGAGAGCUCCAGAUCUCAUGCUGUAUUUACUCUACAGAUCACUCAGACAAUCACUGAUGUAACGAACUCAGUAAGUGCUAUGAUUCACAAAACUUAUCCAGUACCAUACACAUACGUCUAAUAUAUUUUGCCCGUUCAACGAUCUUCUUACUGUACCCAAUAUCCUAAAAUGUCACCCCUUUGUCCCCUGCCCAUUCGCCGCUCUCCCGACAUCCAUAUCCGUCAUCCUUAUCAAAGCUGUCACUUUAUUUCCCAUUUCUUUUACGAAUCUUUUUUCAGUUCCACGGCGAAAAGGUCUCCAAGAUUUCUUUGGUCGAUUUGGCCGGAAGUGAACGUGCGCAGAAGACCGGAGCCAUGGGAAAACGCCUGGAGGAAGGCGGGAAUAUCAACAAAUCUCUGACAACAUUGGGCAUGGUAAUCUCCGCGUUGGCCGAGAAAAACACCCAAAAGAAGGCAUUCGUACCGUAUCGAGAUUCGGUGUUGACCUGGCUUCUGAAGGACAAUUUGGGAGGGAAUUCGAAGACAGUGAUGAUUGCGACAAUCAGUCCAUCAGCUGACAAUUACGAGGAGACUUUGUCGACGCUAAGAUAUGCUGAUCGAGCCAAGAAAAUUGUGAAUCAUGCUGUUGUGAAUGAAGAUCCCAACGCCAAGAUUAUCAGAGAGUUGAGAGAAGAGGUCGAGACGUUGAGACUGCAGAUCAAUCACAAUCAAGAACGACAGAAUGUAAGUCACUAUUCCACAAUAUUACCUUGGAUCUUCUGGAUGCCUUGAACAUCUAAUUUGCGUAUUGUAGGAAGCCGCCGAGCUCCGAGAACGUCUGGCCGAAUCCGAGCGAUUGGUUGAGAUGAUGAAUAAGAGUUGGGAAGAGAGACUUCGAGAGACCGAGGUUCUGCGACAAGAAAGAAUGCGAGAUUUCGCUGAGAUUGGAAUUAGUGUAGCUGAUGCUGGCAUCAAAGUGGAGAAAGAUCGGUUCUAUCUAGUCAACCUGAACGCUGAUCCAUCGCUAAAUGAACUGCUUGUCUAUUACAUCAAUGUAAGUUAUAUCUGCAGCAUUAUAAAUGGCUUGCUUUAGCAAAAAGCUGUGAUUGGAAGUGCCGAGUCGACAGACUCAGAGCUGAAAGUCGACUUUCUAUUGCAAGGAUUGGGAAUAAACCCUCAUCAUGCAGUCUUGGAGAUAAUCAAUGAGGAUGACAAGCCAAAGUUGUACAUCGAAUUGUUGACCGAUAGCUCGAGGUAAGAGGUCCAGGAAAACAGUUCAAAGAAUAUAGCCAUGUUACUAAUCGUUCUGAAUUUGACCUAAUAUUAUUCCUUUCAGAGUCUGUGUGAACGGAGUUCUAAUUGAGUACAAGAAGAAGGCUCUGUUACGCAACGGAGAUCGCCUUUUGAUUGGCCACAAUCACUUCUUCCGAGUCAACUGUCCCCGCGACCUCGAUGAAAGCAAUGCCUCUCAAAUGAGCACGUCCAUGUGUUCCAACAACGUCGAUUAUAAUCGAGCUUGGAUGGAAGCGAACAGUGAAGAGAAGAACCCAAUUGGCAGUGCCGUAGAUCAAUAUAUCGAACACAUUGCCAUCAAACACGAAGAGGAGAAACAAGCAGCCUUGGAGAAGCAGUAUGAGGAAUUUGAGCGAUAUCUGCAAGGUUUAGGUCACAGGUAAAGUCAAAGUUUGCCAUUAAACCAUAAAAACUAUCAUGGAUAACAUAAAAAUCUGAUAAUUUAGUCUCCAAACCCCUUCAACACCCAUGACUCCAGCUGUCCCAUAUCUCCCAACGCCAAGUGCCACUCUUCCCCCGAUAAUGUUCCCCGGAACGACGAGAACGGACAAAACUCAAUUCUUGAAUUGGGCUAAUCGAAGAGAAGAGCUGCUCAAAGAAAGUCUAACACAUCUGAAGACAGAGAUAGUCAGAGCAAAUGCCCUGGUCAGAGAGGCCAAUAUGAUUGCAGCAGAAUUGUGGGGAGAACGAAGAGGAUUGGCACAUUAUGACGUUACCCUUCAGAUACCUGCGGGAAACCUGAGACCGAGCAAAAUAAAGGUGAAUAUCUGAGAAAUUGUCAUCCAAUUACCUUCAAACCCACAGUUUAAAAAAUUACAAAACUACCUUACGUCCCUUUAUAUCAAAAUUUUCGGUAAAAAUCAUCAUUCUUUACCCAAAAUGAGGUCAAAAAGUCUCAUUUUUACUGAUUUCAGGCCGGAAACACGGUUUGUGAGCCGGUGAUUGUCGUUAAACGCUACGGAAUGAGUGGCUACCAUCUGUGGACCCUAGAACAACUAGAAAAUAAACUCGUGGACAUGCGAGAUAUGUACAAUGAGAGACGACUUCUCGGAUCAGAGGUUCAUGACGCCUGUGAGGCCUCUUGCUCUUCAUCCAGUGGAGUUGUCAGUGGAGAAGAGGGCCCCGAAAAUGACAUCGAGCCCGCUUUUGUCGACUCGCUUUUCGAAAGUCAGGUAAGGAGACAAGUUCUUCGAUUUCUGAUCAGUUCACCUAGUGUAAGAAAAAAUUUAUCCAAUUUUAGGAGAAACACUCGCUAAUUGGAGUGGCCAAUGUGUUCAUGGGAGUUUUAUUCCAUGACCUCAAGCUGGAUUAUCCUGUGACCAUCAUUAGUCAACAAGGAGAAGCUUGUGGGAAACUUUUGGUCGAAGUUUAUAGGAUCCCCGAGUCAUCGAUCGAAGAUACCAUCGAAAAUCAAGUGAACAUGAGGAUGAGCGACAACCCUAAUUCUCUGAUUGGUCAAACCAUCAAAUGCAGGGUAAGCAAUCCUUAAAUUAUUGAAUAAAACGCCAGUAUAACAACUAUAAUAUAAAUUAUUACCUAAAUUUUUAGAUUCGGAUCAAGAAAGCUAUCAAUCUACCUCCCGAGCUCUCCCAUUGCGUUUUCUGUCAAUACAGCUUCUUCAAUGUCAACGAGAUGCUCGUUGUAGCGCCAAAAAUAAUCGAAGAUGCGAAGGGGAGGAAUAAAAUGUCGAACACCUUCGUUUUCGACUAUGAAAAGGUAUUCAACACCCCGAAAAAACAUCAAACCCUACUACCAUAACAAAAAACACUAUCAGCCUCCGUGACCACGGAGACAAUUGCAAAAUUCCCCAUUACCGAACACACCAAACGGCGUUCCGGAUAUCAAGUUUACCUUGAAAUAGGAAUAGAAUCCUAAAAUGCCUCCCUUUUUCCGAGCUUUAUGAAUUAUCACCGGUUCUCGAGAAAUGGGUUCCGAAAAAGCGGAGAGGGAUUUUUUCUCUGACUUCUCUGUCAAGAGUAACACUUGACACAUAUUUGGUCUGUGUCAAGUCUACCUUUUUUGGUCGAAAAGAAAAACUUGACUCAUGCUGAAAAUGAGUCAAGUUUUUCUUAUAUUUUGCUGUAAAAAUGUUUUACAAGGUUUACAACAACGUUUUUGCAGUAAACUGACGACUGCCAAAUCAUGACUGGUCUUAUCGGAUUUUUCAUCAUUAUCACAUUUUAUUUUGUCCACUGGAAUAUAACUUUUUGUGCUUUCAGGACUUUAACGUGACGAUAUCCGAGGAAUUCCUGGAGUAUGUUCAGGAAGACGCCCUUUCCAUUGAAAUCUGGGGCCAUCGAACCAGCGGGCUGGAUGAUGGAGAAGAUGCGGCUGAUCUGGGGAUCUCCGUGACCUCACUGCCGAAUGAUACUGCUGCUGUGAUGGCGCAGAAACAGAAGAGUCUUCAAGAGCGUUGGUCCGAGGUUACAAGACGAAUCGAACUCUUCGUUGACAUCAAGGAGUUGAAUGAGAAUGGAGAAUUUAUUUCGGUGGAUGUGUUUGACGAAGGGGAAGAUCCCACGGGAGGCGUCUAUCAACUCAAGCAGGUGAGUAAAUCUAGAGUUUGAUUUGUAUGGUCUUACAAUAAGACCAACAAUUCCCUUCGGGCGUUAUAAUUUCUGUUGGCUGGAAUAAAUUCAUAUAAUUUUAGGGUCUACAACGCCGUCUUUCGGUUCGACUUCGUCAAUCCACUGAAAAAGGAGGGCUUCCUCUGGUCUUCUCUGAUAUUUCGACUGUUGCCGUUGGAUCUCUCGUCCUGAAAGAGCCUUAUUGUCAAUGUGACGAUCGACCUUUGGAUUCGUAUCAAGAAGAAGGUCUGGAUCAAAUCCGGGAACAGUGGAGUCGCGCCCUCGAUGAUCGACAGAAGUAUCUGAGCGAACAGAUCAAGAAGAUCGAGGCCCUGGGGACAAACAAGACCCAGGCGGACAGUGAGAGGGAGUCCUCGCUGAUCCAUCAAUGGAUGUUGCUGACUGAAGAAAGACAGGCAGUCAGUGUCCCUCCGCCCAAUUCGAGUAUCCCCGGAGCCACUGCCGAUUGGAUACCCCCUCCGGGCAUCGAACAGCACGUCCCAGUCGUCUUUCUGAACAUCAGUGCGGACGAAUUUGAUAACGAGGAAGUGGAAAAUGAAGGUCCUGGAACAAAAGUGGCCGGUCUGAGUGCAACUUUGAGCAUGGAGAAGUUCGAUCAGAUGGUUUUGUUGCCCUUGGUGGAGAAGGAUCCGCAUGAAAUGUCUGUGACCUGUUCCUGGGACAGUUCUUUGCAUCAGGAUCAGCUCUUGAACAAGGUCCCUCAGAACGGGGAAUUGAUUUAUGGAAUUGUUCGGGUUGCUGUCAGACUUUCUUAUCCAUUCAAUGCGGAGCUGGUGAUCAGAAAAAGGAUCUGUUUGAAUGUGUACAAGAAGACGAGCUUCAAGGAUCGUCUUAUGAAGAAGAUUGGGGUUCAAGGGACAGUUAAUGGGACCGGGGUCUAUUAUGACAUCGUUGCCCAUGUCCCCAAGAGCUCGCUGGAUAUGGAAGAUCGUGCAAGCUUGGCUAUGAUGGCUGCCAGACAUGCCGAUGAACAGAAGACGACCAUUAAUGGACAGUGCGCCUAUGUUGAGGCUUAUACAAAAAGUAUCCAGGCAGUUGAAUGCAUGCUCAAAUUGGAUCGCCUUAGGCAAGAGAAUGCUGUUGCAAACUCGCUGGGAAAGGCAGAACGGAAAAAGUAUCAAGCGACUAGUUUUAGGAUGAAGCGGACGGUCUCCCUUCCGUCAACCAUAUCCAAUGUGAGUCGAUUUAUAUUAUAAUUGAUACUUGAUAAGAAUUCUUUGAUUUUGGUACAGAUUGGAUUAUAUUUGGAUAUUUUUAGAUGGCAUUACCCCCAAUUGCCCCCAAACAGUCGUCUGAUGCCACGUUGGCCUCGCAAAACCAGGAGAAUAAUAACAAUGUUACUGUUCACAACAAAUUAAUGGAAGUCUCGACGUCAAGUUCGUCCUCAGGGUACUCGUCCAUGGGUAAGUUUUUUUGCUUUUGAAUAGUUAGAACAGGGAUGGAACUCAGUUUGAGUGAACCUCCCUCUCCUCUCACUUAUAGUAAUCUAUACUUUCACUAAUUUUUUCCGUUUGCUUUUGAUUUUUUACGUGAAAGACGCCCAAUGAAUUAAUUGUUGGGCGUGUAGCAUGACUACUUUGACAACUAACUAUCUUUUCUUCAUUUUUACAGCCCGUCCGACCUUUUUGAACCUCAAAACCUCAAAGCGUUUUCCUCAGAGUAAUUUUAUUCUCUAUUCGUAAGGCAAUGUUGUGUGUAAAAGGUGUUGUAUUCCUUUCAUUUAGUAGCCUAAUUUAUUUAAGUUUGCAUUUUGAAUAGUGCGAUGGCUCUUGUUUCGAGAUCCUUUCGGUUUUUCUGUGGUUUUUUCUGGAUGUGUGUCAUGGAUAAUAUAAUUGAUAAAUCGGUUAUUUUUAGUCAACUCUUUGGUCUCUCCGAUUGCCGAACCGUCGACAAAGCUUUGUGGAAUCGAUGAGGAAAAUCAUUUGGAUGUAAGUUUGGGGUUGGUUAAUAAAUUUUAAAAUUUAUCCAAAAAUUAUGUGUUCCGAGAAAAAGUUUUGAAAUUUUUGACCUACAGUGGCGGUCAAAAAAAACGGCCACCCCAAGAUGAUGCGCUCUAACGCAGAAGAGAGUGGUCGUAGGAAGAUAAAUAUGGUAUCACUGUAAAGCUUAUGGAAUACUAAGACGUGUGACUAUACGCUUGUGGUACUGUAGUGCUGGCCUAGCACGUACUGGGGCAAGAUGUUCUUUUGGCCUGGUCAAAAAAAAUGGCCACCCAUAAUUAUUGUGGUUUAAAUGCGGUUUAUGUUAGAAAUUGCCGCCAUAUGCGAGCGGACUAGAAUAGCUAUAUCAAUACACACCAAUUCCAGUAUUUCUUAUUUUGUACAUAUGCCCUCAGGCAUCAAUCAAGGUUGAUGACCUUGUUCAUGGUUAAGGCCCGGCCAAAAUUUUUUCUGGGUUUGUGCCGUUGUUUUGAUAACCCGAAGCAAUACAGUAGACGGUAUUGAUAGUAUUCGUGUGUAAGACUGCCCACAUUUGUUAAAAUUGUGCCCUUUCUGAUAAGAAAACUCAAAAAAUGGAAUUUUUUGACCUAAUUUUCUCCAAAAAUCCGUUUUGGAGUCCGCUAAACAAUGAAUGUAGAACCUUAAACAGGUUUUAUUUGUACAAGAACAUCAUGGACAUUUGUUUUAACACGGCACCGGUUAAAGGAAACGACCGUCCGAAACGACAGAUACCGUUUUGUUACAGUUUUCGACUUCAUGAAGUAAUCAUGAAUUUUGUCCUGUUCCGAAACCUCUUUGAAUAGAAAUUAUAAUAUAGUAUCGCAUUUGUGGCGUAGUUGAGAUACCACUUUAUCAUUUAAAGGUAAAUAUGAGCCCCUAAAGUGAAAAUUCGGGUUGCAGAACUUGACAAAGUUUAUGAAUAAUUUCUGAAGUCGAAAACUGUAACAAAACGGUAUCUGUCGUUUCGGACGGUCGUUUCCUUUAACCGGUGCCGUGUUAAAACAAAUGCCCAUGAUGUUCUUGCACAAAUAAAGUCUGUUUAAGAUUCUACAUUCAUUGUUUAGCGGCCUCCAAAACGGAUUUUUGGAGAAAAUUAGGUCAAAAAAUUCCAUUUUUUGAGUUUUCUUAUCAGAAAGGGCACAAUUUUAACAAAUGUGGGCAGUCUUACACACGAAUACUAUCAAUACCGUCUACUGUAUUGCUUCGGGUUAUCAAAACAACGGCACAAACCCAAAAAAAAUUUUGGCCGGGCCUUAACCAUGAACAAGGUCAUCAACCUUGAUUGAUGCCUGAGGGCAUAUGUACAAAAUAAGAAAUACUGGAAUUGGUGUGUAUUGAUAUAGCUAUUCUAGUCCGCUCGCAUAUGGCGGCAAUUUCUAACAUAAACCGCAUUUAAACCACAAUAAUUAUGGGUGGCCAUUUUUUUUGACCAGGCCAAAAGAACAUCUUGCCCCAGUACGUGCUAGGCCAGCGCUACAGUACCACAAGCGUAUGGUCACACGUCUUAGUAUUCCAUAAGCUUUACAAUGAUACCAUAUUUAUCUUUCUACGACCACUCUCUUCUGCGUUAGAGCGCAUCAUCUUGGGGUGGCCGUUUUUUUUGACCGCCACUGUAAUUAUUUCCCUUCCAGGACCUGGUAGUCCCUUGCCGAUCGUCGACUGUCCCCGAGCAGCUCUGCAUGAACGAACCGAAUGGCAAUUCCAAGGACUCCCUGACCUGUACCAACCAUCUCUUCCAGCUGAAGGCCCAGAAUAACAACAACGAGUCGGCCUGUUAA